AAAGGAAAGAUCAGUUUCAGCUGGCAUUUACCGGAGCAAAGCCUGCUUUAAACGAAGCGACCUUGCUACCUCCCUGCGGUGGUGGCAUGAGGUGUAUUCUUCUUUACAGGGCGGAGCGGUAAAUAAGUAUAUACCGUAGGGCACCUGACACAGAGAGCCCGCCCUCGCCCUCCAACAGGAGCGCUGCCAGCGGAGCCCUCAGGAAACCCGCGCGGGGGCCGCUGCAGCCCGAGGGGGCGGGUUCUCCCUCCCGCCUUCUGCUCCUCACUCGGGGCUGGCGCUGGCGGCGGGGAAGAAGCCGCUUAGCGCCUCGGCUUGGGGGAAUUUCUCUCUGCUCAGCCCUGGUGAGAGCGAGGACGACUCCGCCGACAUGGCAGCUCCGCGGGGCUGCUGGCUAGUGGUCGUUCUCGCCACUGUCGUACCUGACGUGCAGUUGUACUUACAAAUCAGGCCCUCGUGUAGCAGUGAGCAACAUUAUGAAUAUUCUGGACGAUGCUGCACCAAAUGUGAACCAGGAAAGUAUAUGGCCAUAAAAUGCACUACCUUUGCAGAGACCGUAUGCAAACCCUGUGGCUCAAAUGAGUAUAUGGACAUCUGGAAUGAAGAGGAAAAGUGCUUUCUUCAUAAAAUAUGUGAUAGAGGAAAAGCUUUAAUAGAAGUGACUCCAGGAAACAGCACAUUCCAAAGACAAUGUGCCUGUAUUGGUGGCUACCAUUGGAACAGAGACUGUGAUUGCUGUCGGCGAAACACAAAAUGCCCCCCUGGCUCUGGAGUGAAAUUUCCCAUACAACAAGAUAAGAAUACAGUGUGCGUACCAUGUCCCACUGGUUAUUUUUCUAAUGUCUCCUCUGCAACUGAUGAAUGCAGAGCCUGGACAAAUUGCACAGCUUUGGGAACUGAAGAAAAGAUUCCUGGGAAUAAUUGGUCUGAUGCAGUUUGUAAGACAGAAGGGGAAACACAUUCAGAAGAUGUUUUUCAUUUUUCAGAAAACAAGAAGUUAUUUUAUGUGUUGAUUGUUCCAUUCCUCCUCAUUGCCUUGGCUGGUAUAAUUAUCCUUACUAUAUAUUAUCGAAGUAAGGGAAAACUACUGACAGAUUUGCAAUACUGGGCUCAGGAAAUAUGCCACCAAAUAAAAGGGAAAAAGGAUUCUUCUUGUGAUACAUUUGUAAACACAAAUGUAGCACAUCCUCCUGGCCUUCAACUUUUGGGAGAGACUUAUUUGUUGGAUCUUGACAAAUGCUGCUUUCCGGAUGACAUACAUUACCCACAUGAGCACCUCCUGAGUGAAAAAGAUGGCCCUGAUAAAAUCCUUUAUGGAUCAAGAGAGGAUUUCCCAGUGUUGUUUCUAACUACCAUGUCUGAAGAUGACCACUUUAAACAGAUUCCUAUGGAAGAUGAGUACAUGGACAAAGGAUCCCAUGGGCCAUGCUAUUUACCUUUAGUGAGCCAAUCUGAAAGCAAACCUGAGUCACCCUUCUCUGAACCGCUAGAAGUGGGAGAGAAUGAUAGUUUGAAUUACCUCUUCACAGGAACGGAAAAUCUGGUGGAAUUAGUAAACUGCUGUUGCUUGGACCCAUCAUGUGGGAUGGAUCCUAUUCAUGCUUCCUCACACAAAUACCUGCAGAGUUCUUGUAAUCAGUUCACUUGUAGCAAGAUGAGGGAUGUUGAUAAUGAAGAUAUAGGCAUCUCCCUACUAAUGUCUGAAGAAACACAUAGCUUCGCUAGCUCAUCUUGUAGACAACCUCCUAACAAACUGGACAAUGCUGCAGGUUCCUUAAAAGAAAAUGGAUCUUCUCUGCUGGGCACCUGUGGUUUGGAAUCUUCUUCUGUGGACCAAAAUGGGUCAGCCAACAAUAUUGGGAACAGAAGUGACUCAUCUGAUGGAAAGGGCACAAAGGACCAGAAUACAAAAAGAACAUCUGAGUCAAGCUACAAUGCUUCAGAUCCCCCAGCAGCAUCUGGAAAUGUGACGGGAAAUGGGAACUCUACAUUCAUUUCAAGUGGACAAGUCAUGAAUUUUAAAGGUGAAAUUAUUUUUGUCUAUGUUAGUCAGAACUCCCAAGAGGGGUCAAUGUCUCCUGGAGCAAGUGACGACAGCCUGGGGAACCCAGUGCAAGAGGAAAACCUAAACCGCUGUGAGACAUUUGCAGGCAAUGCUCACCAGUAUAAAGAAAAAUGUGCUGAGAUCAAUACAUAUCAUGGCAUGGAUCCUGGAGAGCCUCAAAGCACUCUGGGGGGAUAUAAGAGGACUUUUGGACCUAUUAGUCAAGAAGAGAAUUACGAAAGCCAGAAGAAGAAGCACCUCUCUCAUGAGGCCUCACAGCCUAUUCAAGAGGAAGGAAAGGCAGGAUAUUCUUAAGGAAGAUGGGACAUUGAUGCAGACUAAUGCUGGUUACUGGUAUUCAGUUGAAAGAACACUACCAUUCACUGAACAUGAUCUGGAAAACAGCAUGCGGAUAGCACUAAUUAAGCAAAAGAAAUCUUUUGUUGGUUGCUGAGAUGUCAGACUGCUGUGACUGAUGGUUUACAAGUGGGUUCUUUGCUCCACUAUAAAAACGUAGAGGAGACUGUUGAAUACUUUUAUUGCUAUGUGGAAUAUUCUGGUUUUCCAAGAAAAGGGUAAUGCUUCGGAAUUCAGAGAUGAGAUGCGUUGUGUCAUUGCCGUUCUUCCAGAUGCCAAGGAUGAUGUUCCUAUGGAAUUGACACAUGCUGCUUAAGACUUUUGUCCACAGGCUUUGUGUUUUUAGAAUGGUGGCUUCUGUUUAUGUACAAUGGUAACAGUAGCACAGCGCCCUUACUUUUGCUGUAGAAAAAAUAGAUGACAGUCCAGUGAAACAGAUGUUAAUUUUGUCUGUCCUCAUGCUUCAGAUAGGAUUUCUGCCUUUUUUUUUUUUAAUAGUUCAUAUACUGUACAUUGUUUAAGUGUUUAUCCAUGAGCUUAAAUUUUUUAAAAGGACACUGAAAUUGCUCUGGGUCUGAGUAAGGGUAGCUUCAUGUCACCCUACACUCCUGCUGGGCUGUGUUGCACUUUUUCCUGAGUUUGCCACUGGAUGAGUAAAUAGUGAGUUGUGCUUAUAGAACAGCCCCAUUACUCAGUUUUCAAUUGCUACAAAGCCUAUGAUUCCAAAUUAAAACAGUACAACUUACCCUUUGUGUGUACCUACAACCCCCACCCCCCCACACACACAUUCUCAUUAAUGGUGUGAAAGAAGACUGACUGCUAAUAAGCACUUUUUCUCAAGACAGGCAGGACAGAUGGGCUUGUGUAUUUUAGGUAAAUAACUUACAGUGAUCAAGCAUUAACGUUAUUCCCAGUCAUGGUCUGGCAGAGCAACUUCCAGUACAGUAUGCACAGAAAGAUGACUAGUGCAUUUAAUAUCAUCAAAUGACAUUAAUCCAUAUCUGAGACAAGCUGCCUUUGGAUUGUAUUGAGACUGAAUUCAUUGUAUUGUUCUGUAUUGAUACUGGCAUACUAAGAUUCCAAGGCCUUGAGGGCAUCUCUUGACAUUAUUGACAUGCUGUAUACAGUAUAUAUUUUAAAAUGUCUAAAACUACAGUAAUUAUUUUAUGAACUGAGGAAGUGGGUUUCUUAAUGAAUAUUUAUAAUAGUUUUAUUUGCUAAAAUUCUGAUUUUGUAAAAAAAAUCUUACUAGUGAUAUUUUGCCAGCUGUCUCUUUAACAUUGACAAACUCUGUAUUGUCUCAAUAUUUCCAAAACUUGUUUGUGGCUAGUAAUUACUCCACCAAGUUUAAUGGAUGGUGUACCAAAGAGUCAAGAGUUCAGCUUCCCCAUUCUCCCCCAUCUUUAUUUGCAACCUUUCACCUUUCUCAUCUACUGUAUUAACCCCUAUGGAAGUGAUGUGAGAAAAAUAAGUAACAGGAUAGACUCAUGCAAAUAAGGCACAAUGUCAUCCUGCUACUUCUCUAAUUUUGAGUGGAACGAUUGCAUCUUCUUUCCCGAGCAUAUAGAAUCAAAGGAAAUAAAUGACAUCUUGAAUAAAGGGCACAGAUUCACACACAGUUAUGCAUGUGUUUUGUACGUAGUUUGUAAGUUCUAAAAUGGAUUUGAGGGUACUGUCAUUUACUGUACUACAAGUAUAUUGUGUUGGUGUGAGGACAGACCAAAGAAUUUAUUCCACGAUACAGAAUAAAAUGAUAAAUAUAAUGGUUUUGAUGCUAAAUAUACACAAAGAAUGUAAGAUGCAUAUACUGUCCCAUUGGAAUACAGCAUGUGAAAUUUCUUCAGCACAAGGUUAGUCACAGUUAGGAAAGAAUUUUCUGCCAGGGUUAGGCUGACAGUUGCUGGCUGGCUGCACAGCCCUUUCUAGUGCAUGGCAUCCUCUGUCAGAAGCCCAGAUGCUCAAAGAUUAAUCAUGCUGCCUUCUGCUGGCCUUUUUUUCCCACUACAGUAUUAUGCACUCCUGAGUUCCUGAUUAAGCAGCGUAUUAGUGCGGAACGCCUGUCUCUCUCUAUCCUGCAGCAUUCAAGCGAACACACACAAACAGUGUUAGUGCUUUUGUUGUACUAACUAAAAUAUGUAAUACGUCUUCAUAAUUAUCAGAGAGAAACAUUGGAAUGUGCCUUUAUAUUAGGUCAGCUGGACUACCUACCUUAGAAAUAUCUGUUCCAAAAACCAGCUGUUCUUCAGGGUCUUCCUAUUACUGCUCUUUUGGGGCAGUGUUCAUUCGUGUUCUACAUUAAUCUUUGGGACACUAUUCUGAUCCAUCAGAGGUUUUUUUUUAAUGGAUUUUCUUUCCAGUCUCAACAAUCUCUUUCCAUCUGUUGUCGGCUAUUUUCCCUAUCAUAUGAAGUUUUUGUACUCAAAAUUAGUUACAUAUGUGGGCUUUAACAUACAUUUUCCCAAUGUGUGUAUUUAGUGAAAUUUCUAGGGCAUGUUUAUUUAAUGUACAUUUCCUCAAUGCAUUUUUAAAGGAAAAUUUCCUCUUUUAUGUAACUUUCCCAAAUAUAUGCUUGUUUUGUUCACAACUUUGACAAAUAUAUGCUGUUUCAUGGGCUCAUCUUCUACAGAUGCGUUGUACGGAUUUUUGACUGGAGAAUAAUGGACAACAGCAGAUUCUAUUUGUUGCUACCAGGGAUUUUUACGAAUCACACUCAUGCGAAACAAAUGGUAGAAAGACUGAGGUCACACUGGCAUUAUAAUACUGAAGUGAUUAUGUGGAACAUUAGGAAUAGGUAACUUACAAGAAAUGUACUCCAGAAGAAAUUAACUUCAUAACUGACAUAAAACAUGCAUUUGAACUUGAGGAGUAAAAGUCAGGAUAAAGUUGUUCAGUGCCCUCAGAAAGAAAAGGAUAUUACAGAAUUUAAUGUUGCACUAAAUUUGAGGCUAGGUUUGUAUCAAAGAUGACGUGUGUUUUGGUGCACUAAAUAAAUAUUAAAAAAUAGAUGCGUAUUUGUAGCUGAAUCUCUUUCACUUGUUUGUUCACCAUAUUCCAUUCUGAGUAUAUGUUCUUAAAAUGUUUUGAGUGCAUGUGUGUAAAUCUUGAUUUUAUAGUAAAACAGAAUUGGUCACCCUCAGUCAGGAGAAAAGCAUGAGGAAUAUGAGUCUGAUUCCAAAAUUUUGUUCCAAGGGUCAAUUUUU